GUCUGGGAUAUACUCAAUAUGAAUCAGUACAAUGAGAAACCGAUGCACAUGGUCACUAAGCGCCGCAACCCGUUUGGAGAGAACUUUGGCCGCAUGACGAAGACUGCCAAUGUAGAUCCAGCAACAAUUGAGGAGACCAGAGGUGAAUAUUAUUGA